AUGCUUCAUGUCUUCCUAAAGAUCUCCUUUCUAUUCUUGUGCCUGUGGAUUCAUGUCCUGAACGGGCGCGAACUUAUUGGGUGUAACAGAAAGCUUGAAAAGCUCGGACCUAAAAGCAACACCGCAGUAUGCGAAGUUGAUAACGGUAAAAUAACAACGUAUCACUGUAAAUAUGCAAGUUGCUGGAAUGACAAUCAUCAAUGGGUUUUUAUCACUGGCUGUCAGCUCCCCGGUUCCGAUGGCGCCUUCAGUGACCAAGAUUGUGCCCAAUAUGAAUACCUGGGUGUGUUAGGUUAUGGUUGCACCAACCCCGGGAAUGUAACUUAUCGCUGCCCUUAUUGGGAUCCUACUACUGUGCCAUAUCUGACCUGUAGCGAUUGCACGCUGAAAAAGUGA